AUGAUUGGGGCUGUCAGCCUAGGCUCCAGAGCCAUGCAAUGCUCGCCCUCCCGUAUAGGGUUGUCUCGCAAGAAGUUUGCUGGUCAGAUCCAGUUUCUACAGAUUCGACUUCCUGUCAGACACACGCAUCAUGAUGUCAAGUCACGGCAGUUGCCAUCACCAUCUCCCCCAGCUAGGAUAUACACGGAGAAGUCAACGUCGCCACUCUCCAUUCUACCACUUAGCGCAGUCAUCCGGUCAUUGUCUGUCACGACAAUCUCCUCGGUGCCACUCUUUCUGGGUCCGACACUGGCAGCACUCUCGUUCCUGGCCAAUUCCAAGUCAGCACUCCUGGAUCCAGAUCGGAAUGGGAUCCUAAACUUCUUCCUCAGGAAAACGCUCUAUGCCCAGUUCUGUGCCGGUGAAAACCCCCCGGCCGUCAGAAACCACAUCCGAGAGCUCAAGCGGAUGGGAUAUUCCGGAGUCAUCUUGGGUUACGGCAAAGAGGUCGUCAUGGACGAAGACGAAGCGAGUGCUGUUGGCACGCAGACUCUCGAUGACGCCGCAGCCAAGGAGAGAAAUGCCCGCGAGGUGCUGGCCUGGAAGGACGGCACGAUGAAGACCGUCGAGCUGGCUGACGAGGGCGACUUUGUGGCUUUGAAAUUCACAGGGGCGGGCAGACAGGCUCUUAACCACUUGAUCCGUGGUCUGCCCCCGUCUCCGGAGCUCGAGCAAGCCAUUGUCGAUAUCUGUGACCGGGCUCGAGAACGCAAUGUCAGACUGCUCUUCGACGCUGAGCAGCAGGCUGUCCAGCGCACCAUCGAUUCAUGGGUCCUUGACUUCCAGCGCAGAUACAACAGCAGCUUCACGCUUAGAGGCGAGCCCCGGGCUUUGGUAUGUGGCACCUACCAAGCCUAUCUUCUGUCCACUCCGAAAACGUUGGCCAGCCAUCUUGCUGCAGCGCAGAAGGAGGGUUUUGUGCUGGGUGUGAAACUGGUCCGAGGUGCUUAUCUCGGGAGUGACCCAAGGCAUCUCUUCUGGGAGACCAAGGACGAUACCGACGCAGCAUACGACAGUAUCGCCGAAUCAUUGAUCACGAGGCAGUACGGAUCAGUCCUGAAACCGUUGCCAUCCGAUUCAGCUGAAUCUUCCACAUCAAAUCGCCCGACAUUCCCUCAAGUAGACCUGGUCCUGGCAACUCACAACCGGAAAUCCGUCCAGAAAGCCCGGGCUCUUCGCAACCAACAAGCUCGAACUGGACAGCCAUUGAUUGAAAUGGCCUAUGGCCAAUUGCAAGGAAUGGCCGAUGACAUCAGCUGUCAGCUGGUUCAAGAGUCCAAGAUUGCGAAGCAGAACGGGGCUGUUGACGAGGAGGUGCCAAAGCCGUACAAGUAUCUUGUCUGGGGCACGGUGGGAGAAUGCACAAAGUAUCUGCUUCGCAGAGGACAUGAGAAUCGAGAUGCAGCCUCGCGAACAAAGGAUACACGACAAGCAAUGUUUGCGGAACUCAAGAGGAGGGGAUCUCUGGGUUUUUUAUCGAAUAGGACUCACUAA